UUUGCUCCGCUUCCUCCUCUCUCUCUCUCUCUCUUUCUAUUAUUUUAUCCUUUCAUCAACUUCUGGGGAACCUCGCACCUCUCUCUUUCUCUCGGCCCCUUCAACCUCUCCCUUUCUCUGCACUCGAUCCUCGUUCUUUUUUCUAUAUUUCCCACUUCCUUCUACAGGCCUGCACCUUUGUUCUCUCUCCCCCCCUCUCCUGUUUCUUUCUUUUUUUUCCUACUCGCCUCGUUCUUCUUUAAAUUUUAAUAAACAUAAAAAAACUCUCAGUUUAAAUAUGAUUUCCCUCGCUUUUCCUACUUUUUUUAAUUAAAAAACAGUUCUCCUGUUUUAUUUUUUUCUCAUAUUAUUGUUUUUCUUGGAUGAGGCUAUGGCUGGCUUGGAUCUAGGCACCGCCUCCAGAUUCGUCCACCAGCUCCACCACCGCCCCGACCUUCACCUCCAGCAGCGCCACAACCCCGACUCCGAUGACGACGACAACAGCAACAAGGGCAAGGGAAACGGGCAAUUCGCCGGCACUGCAGAGCGCGAUGGCUCGUCGUCGGGCCCCCAGGGACUCGAGCUCGUCGCAUCAGGCGCCGGGGCGGGCGAUGUGGUGGCCCGGCGCCCCCGGGGCCGGCCCCCGGGUUCCAAGAACAAGCCCAAGCCCCCCGUGAUCAUCACCCGGGAGAGCGCCAACGCCCUCCGGGCCCACAUCCUCGAGGUCGGCGGCGGCUACGACGUCUUCGACUGCGUCGCCACGUACGCCCGCCGCCGCCAGCGCGGCAUCUGCGUCCUCAGCGGCAGUGGCACCGUCACCAACGUCAGCCUCCGCCAGCCCUCCGCCGCCGGCGCCGUCGUCACUCUCCACGGCCGCUUCGAGAUCUUGUCCCUCUCCGGCUCCUUCCUCCCUCCCCCCGCCCCCCCCGGCGCCACCAGCCUCACCAUCUUCCUCGCCGGAGGCCAGGGGCAGGUCGUCGGAGGGAACGUUGUCGGUGCCCUCUUCGCCGCCGGCCCGGUGAUCGUCAUCGCCGCCUCAUUCACCAACGUCGCGUACGAGCGGCUCCCGCUUGAGGAGGAAGACCCGCCACUGCAGAUGCAGCCACCUGCUCCCCAGGGGUCAGGCGGCGAUGGCGGGGGUGGCAGCGCCGGGGGAGGGUUCGCGGACCCCUCCUCCGGGCUUCCCUUCUUCAAUUUGCCGCUCAACAUGGCCAAUUGCCAGUUUCCGGUGGAUGGACAUGGCUGGGCGGGGGGCGCGGCUGGCCGCCCCCCUUACUGAUGCUGGUGUAAGGUAACUGUGAAUCAAGAAAUUAGCUAUUAGAGAUUUGAGGUCGAGGGAGAUGGCACCGGACAUCUGAUGGAUCUGGCAGCUGCAAAGGUUAGCAUGCAUAUUUGAGGAUUUCCAUGUACAAUUGGCUUUUCCCUUGCUUUGAUGUUUUGGUUUCUUGGGCUUCUUGUUUCUACUUCUCCUUCUAGGUUUCAUUUCCCUCAGAUGAUCUUGUUUGUUGUCGUCGUUGUUGUUCAUGGAAAAUCUCUCUUCAUUAUAAGUAAUGGGUUUGAGGCCACAGGCCUUGGCACUUGUUUGUCCCCAUGAUCAUCACACGUAUAUAUAUCCACUAUUUCUCCU